ACAGUCGUGACGUCACCGUCUCAUCUCGCGAGAGAGUGACGAAAAGCCAGGGAGAGCUGGCCGGCAGCAGCAGCACAGAAGAUGGACAUUUAAACAGUUACCCAGGACUGUGGGUUGUGUUAUGAAAAUCGGGAGUGUCCCGCGGAAAGCGGGAUUGUUGGGCGACAUCCGGGGAUGUGUUGAUCAGAAAGCAUUUCUGUAAUCAUCGUAGCUUCCAAGUAGUGUGGGGAAGAUGGGCUUUGGCAAAGAGCUUAGAUCUUCUCAUGAUGCUUUGCUCAAGCUACAAGACUGGGAGCUGCGACUGUUGGAAACUGUGAAGAAGUUUAUGGCAUUGAGAAUUAAAAGUGACAAGGAGUAUGCUUCGACUUUACAGAAUCUUUGCAACCAAGUGGACAAGGAGAGUGCAAUCCCACUAGAUUACAUAAGCAAUGUAUCCAAGUCAUGGUUGCACUUGGUGCAGCAGACAGAACAGCUGAGCAAAAUUAUGAAGACACAUGCUGAGGAACUCAAUGCUGGACCACUUCACCGCCUUACCACUUUGAUUAAAGACAAGCAGCAUGUAAAAAAGAGCUACAACAAUAUCCAUCAGCAGAUUGAGGCUGAAAUGUACAAGGUCUCAAAAACAGAACUGGAAAAGCUGAAGUCAAGUUACAAACAGUUAUCAAAAGAAGUAAAUUCUGCUAAAGAGAAAUUCAAAAAUGCAUCAACAAAGGGGAAAGAAACUGAAAAAGCCAGAGACCGUUAUGAUAAAGCAAACAUGAAGCUUCAUAUACUUCAUAACCAGUAUGUCCUUGCUGUAAAAGGAGCUCAGCUUCAUCAGCAUCAAUAUUAUGACUCCACUCUCCCACGCCUGCUGGAUUCUCUGCAGAAGAUGCAAGAGGAGAUGAUACACGCCCUUAAAGGCAUUUUUGUUGAAUACUGCCAGAUUACCAGCCUUGUUUCUGAAGAAAUCGUUGCUGUUCAUAAGGAGCUUGAGACCCGUGUUGAGGAAAUUAAUCCAAGCACAGAGUAUGAUAACUUCAUUGAAAAAAACAGGACUGAAGAAGAGACCAAGGAACCAGAGAUAGAAUUUGAUACUUCUUUAUUAGAGGAGAUAGAAAAUCUGCAGGCUAAUGAAAUCAUGUGGAACAAUCUGACUGCAGACAGUCUCAAUUCAAUGUUAAAAACAGCAACCGAUGAACUAUCUCAGACACAGCAAGCCCUUAUAACCAAAGAGGAACAACUGUCUAAAUUAGAAGUGAAUCUAGAAGAAUCUGCUAGCACUUGUGAAAAAAAGUCAGACACUGUGCUUUUGCUAAGCCAGAAGCAAGCCAUAGAAGAACUAAAGCAGUCAAUUGAGAAUCUGAAAUGCACAGAGUCAAAACUGUCAGCCCAAAAGGAGCUACUGGACCAGAAGAUUCAGGAAAAUGAAGGCAAAGAGCCUCCUCCAGUGGUUAAUUAUGAAGAAGAUGCCAGAUCUGUUUCUUCUGUGGAUAAAAAGGAAAAGGUAUCAAAAUUCGAUACUUUUCGACAUUCAAUAGCAGGAAUAAUCAGAUCACCAAAAUCAAUGCUUGGCUCCUCAUCAUUGCUUGAUGGAAUAUCAGCCAUUGAGAAGCCUCUGUCAGAGCAAGACUGGUACCAUGGUGCAAUUCCAAGGGUGGAAGCACAAGAACUACUAAAGCAACAAGGAGACUUCUUGGUGCGAGAAAGCCAUGGGAAACCUGGUGAAUAUGUCCUUUCUGUGUUUUCAGAUUCACAACGGAGGCACUUUAUCAUUCAGUUUGCUGAUGAUCAAUAUAGAUUUGAAGGUACUGGAUUUCCAACAAUCCCACAACUUAUAGAACAUCACUAUACAACUAAACAAGUCAUAACAAAAAAAUCAGGGGUAGUUCUACUGAAUCCUGUGGUUAAGGAUAAAAAGUGGAUUCUGAAUCAUGAAGAUGUUACCCUUGGAGAAUUGUUGGGAAAAGGCAAUUUUGGGGAAGUGUAUAAGGGUACGCUGAAGGAUAAAACACCAGUUGCUGUGAAAACAUGUAAAGAAGAUCUUCCUCAGGAACUGAAAAUAAAGUUUUUAUCUGAAGCAAGAAUACUGAAGCAAUACGAUCAUGCGAAUAUUGUUAAGCUUAUUGGAGUAUGUACCCAAAGGCAACCAAUUUAUAUAGUCAUGGAACUUGUGCCAGGUGGUGAUUUCCUGUCCUUCCUAAGAAAAAAGAAGGAUGAUAUGAAAACCAAGCAGCUUGUGAAAUUUUCCUUAGAUGCAGCUUCUGGGAUGGCCUACUUGGAAUCUAAAAAUUGCAUUCACAGGGACCUAGCAGCACGCAACUGCCUGGUAGGUGAGAAUAAUGUUUUGAAAAUCAGUGACUUUGGCAUGUCUCGUCAAGAGGAUGAUGGAAUAUAUUCAUCUUCUGGUUUAAAGCAGAUCCCAAUUAAAUGGACAGCCCCAGAGGCUCUCAACUAUGGCCGGUACAGUUCAGAGAGUGAUGUAUGGAGUUUUGGCAUACUUCUCUGGGAAACAUUCAGCUUAGGAGUGUGCCCGUACCCUGGAAUGACCAAUCAGCAAGCACGCGAACAAGUAGAAAAGGGAUACCGAAUGUCUGCUCCACAGAAUUGUCCAGAGGAGGUGUUCAGAAUAAUGCAAAAGUGUUGGGAAUACAAACCAGAGAAUCGUCCAAAGUUCAGUGAAAUGCAGAAAGAACUUUCUUUAAUCAAAAAGAAAAUAACAUAGUGGAAACCAGCCAUGGACUUUUGUUUUGUAUCUUAGUAUCCUAUUCUGGUGUGUUUUUCUUACACACGGGGAUUUAACCAAAUACUUCAUUUGUUGCCAUAUUUAGUUUAUCUGCAUGUGCCUUGAUUGUUAAAUAUCGUAAAAGGCCCCACCAAAGGCAGCAGUUUUAUGUCCUGUGAGACUUCCCUAAACAAUGUCUCUAUAAAGACUUUGUACAUAUCAGCCUAACCCUCAGAGUAAUGCACUAUAAUCCCCAGUGGUUUCAAUUCUUUAACUGCUUACUAGUUCGCUAACAUUACUGCACAGUGUGCUAUUAUUUAUCACUGUUCCAUUUCCUCAAAUGGGAAGAAUACUUAAUCUUUUCACCAUCCUAUAAAUAUGGACCAUAGUUUGAUGGUGACAAAUGUGGCUCCUGUGGUUUCCUGCCUGCUUUUGUGAGAAGAAAAGAACUCCUAAGAUUCAGUUUCAUAAUAGCACUGGGACUAGACAUUACCCUAUUACUAAUUUGACUUCCCUCUAAUGCACUUUUAAAAUACAGUACCCAGUUAUUCAACACAGUUGGUUUUUAAUUAAUUGAAAAUGGUAAAUUCUUUUGGUAAUUAAUAAUUCAGGGCAUUUAAUAGGUUUUUGUUUUGCUUUAAAGCUUAAAAGGGGCAGUAUAUUCCAUUUUUAAUUUGAUUGCAAAAAUAUGGCCUGUGGACAUACAUUUUGCUUGUUUAAAUCAGGAAAAAUCUAUGGUUAUUCAGUUAAAUUAACACAGAAGGAUCUUGCACACUAAUCAAGCACAAAAAGGCAAGUGGUGCUGCAAUUAAAAUCCUUUAUCAAAGGUUUAUAUGUAACUAACAUUACAGUCGAUAUGUCAGUACAUUAUGACAAUAUUCAUCAAAGCCAUAAAGAUAAAAACCACCCAAGUAUAAGAAGUAUGAAAGCGGAUACUCGGAAUGAGGGAAUUACCCCAACGUUUCAGCAAGAGCAAGGACCACCUGCCUUUUUGUGCUUGAUUAGUGUGCAAGAUCAUUCUAUGUUUAUCUGUGUGAUUUGAAUCCUGUAAUUAUUGUGGGGAUUAUUUGAUUUUAGCACUAGGGAUGGGCAAAUUUGACCCGCUUCAUUUUGCAAAAAAUUUGUUGCUGGUGAAAUGUUGCGCGGCGAUUUUUUUUUUUUUGACACACGACUUCAUACAAGUCUAUGGGCGUCGUUGCAGCGAAACAAAAAAAAAUUCGCCCAUCCCUAUUCAGCAUCUGAAAUACAAAUUUGUUAAAAAUAUAUAUGGGCAAGCUUUUCUAUCUCGGAGUGCCCUCCUUUGGUUCAAACAGGGAAAAUCAAACUACUCCAUGUUUGGUCAUUGUAAGAUAAAUAAUAGGAUUACCAGCGCACAGUCUAUUAUCUGUUUACUGGUGAAAUAUGUACCUACCUCGCAAGGGCCAAACAUGGAGUAGUUUCAAUUUCUCUGUUUAGCUCAAGAAAUAUCAAAACCCAUAGAUUUUUUGUGAGUAAAACAAUAGGCAACAAGUAUGUUUCACCUAAGCCUUAUUCAUUAAAUUGUUGAAGAAGGGGUUAUUCUGCUCCUAUAUACUCGACAGAGCUUGGGUCAUAUUUUUUUGUAUGAAUUCAUUGUAAAAAAUAAUUUUUUUUUAUUUCUAUUUUUUUUACUUUGGAAAACAUUUCUGUUUUAAUAUUCGUGUUUUUUUACGAUUAUGCUGUUUUAAGUGGGUCACAACGUUUGAGUGAAACUUCAUUCUACACAAGGACAGAAUGUAUUCAUGACUGUAUAUUAGUAUUCGUUAGUAUAUAAAUCAUUAAUCUAAAGAAAUUCUUGGAUGGCAACACUGGUUACCAGAUUUUAUUUGAUUCCAACCUAAAAUGGUUAAGAAGCACUUACGUUUAAAGGUGGCCGUACGCAGGGACAUCCGCAUGUUUAGCGAUGUCGCCAAACGAGCGUAUCUCUUCCCGAUAUGCCCACAUUGAGGUCGGUGAUAUCGGUCUGAUCCCAUCGUGGGCCCUGGGGCCCAACGAUCAGAUCAGAAUGGAGGCAAUACGGGCGGUUGGAUUGCGGGGCGGUAUCAACGCACAGAUGCGGCCGUGAUCAGACUGGAUUUUUUACCCUGCCCAAUCUGUAUCUGGCUGACUUUCGGACAGAUUUCAAUCGGAGACGCCGGUUGGAUGGCCCCACACACGGGCCAAUAAGCUGCCUUUUAUCAGCCCAUGUAUGGGGGCCUUAAUUGUAGUAAAUAAUACCUGCUUUACCACCAUUUCAGCAGGAGUUCGCAAUAAACAGCAUGUAGCUUUAGUGUUUGCCGACAAACUCCUCCUGAUUCAUUUGAUUGGUCAUAUAUAUUUUAUCUAUAACUAUGUUUACAGUGUGUUCUUCUUUAACUCUACAAACCCUCCAAGAAGAACUGAAAUGUUUACUAUAUUUGCACAGCUAUCUAUUUUUUGUUAGACUAUUUUGUUUUAAUACUGUUGUCACAAUAGGGGAUGGGGUAGUGAUCUACUAAGACAGAGCGGGUAUACAUUAGUUAUCCAACCUAUUAUGUUCUUGCCCUGCUACCACUAUAAUUUCAGCUGUAAACAAAGACCGAUCUGUGACCAUCAAAUUUAAUAACCAUACUGUAUGUAAGUAGUGCUACAGAGGUUUAUAUGGCAUACUUUGACAUUCUACUUCAAAACUGUAAAUUUAAUGUUUUUUCAAAAAAAAAGUUUUCAUUGGAAUAAGGACUCUGUACAUGUUGAUUGUUCAAAAAGUACACGAACAGUGCCCAUCUAAUGACAUAGGUUGGCCUAGUACUACUCUCUUUUGAGCCUGCCAGCUAUCUAUGACUGUGUAUCUGUGAAUAAUUCAAGGUAAGCCAUAAACCUAAAUAGAGUAAACCUUAGUGCAGAAUCCACACACAACACAACACAUUUUUUUCCAUAUUCAUGUAAAUAUUUUGUCCAGUGUUGCAUUUAACAGUCUGUGUUCUAAUGCCUGAUCAUUCUGUAGAUUAGGCACUGCUUAAACCCCGAGUUAUUUUAUUCUUUCUAAUUACAUUUUUGACAUAAGACCUUUUGCUUGUUUCUUUGUUAAUCAGCAGAUUUACAGAGAGAUCUAUUUUUAUAAAACUUGUUUUUUUGUUCACAGAACUAUAAACAUGCACAGAAUUUGUAGUUAAUGUUUAAACGUUCUUUUUCACAUUUACUUUUUAUUUUUUCUUAUAGUUUUUGGCAUAUAAUUGUUAUUGUUCCUGCUAAACCCAGCUCAGUCCAAACAUAGCUCAGUUGUACUAUUUGGCACUUACACAUUGCAAGUAACUAACCCAAUCUGGAAUCACUUUGUGAAUUUUAACAUGAAUUUCAUGUGAAUUUUGGCACAGACAGCAUGAGUGUGAAGUUAAUUUGGAUUUGCCAAGUCCAUCAUUUUAUGAUAUGGCCAGUACCAAAUCCACCACAAAAUAUGUACUCAAUUUCUGUAUGAAAUUUCCACUGGGUGGAAUCAUCCAAAAUACUAAAAUUGCCACCUUCAAGAUUCAAGUGCUUCAAAGUUCGGCAUUUGCUUCAUCUAUAGGGCGGCACUCAGGAUUCAGUGAGAUUUGCAAAAAGUGCUCAGAUUUGGUGAAAUCCUAAACCUAUAUCUGAAUUUUGUGUAACCUUAGGUGUUGAAACUCUUUGUUCAUGUGCAUACUUUCCAAAUAUAUAUGCCAUAUGGCACUCCAUCAUUGGCACCAUUGUCUGCUAGUCUCAUUAAUGUCCUACUAGUUCUUUGAAGAGUUGGGAUCUUCAGUUACAGGUACCUUUGUACUUUUAUAUCUCUCCAUUUUUUAUAUUUAAUAGCUUUCACACUUGGCAGGUAAAGUCUCUAGACUUGGAGCCCUAGAUGUUUAUAUACAUAGUAUAGAAAAACCAAGACAGUACAGGGGCAAGUCUCAAGGGCAUAUUUUCUAAAAUGUGGACUUUCAGGUAAAGAGAAAUGCAACUGAACUUUUCCAAUUUGUUGUGUUAAAGAAAUGAAAUUGAAAGAAAGACCGUCAAAUGACAAACGCGCUAGAAAUGUGAAAAUUAUGCUUUCCGAUGACUUUUUGGCAUUUUGAGAGGUUUAGUUGGCAAGAAUUUAAUUUUUAUGUUCUCCAUUCAAUAAGUCUUGAGCUUUUUUUUCCAUAAUUGCGCAAUUCCUUUGUGUCUGUUUUUGCAGCCUCAAAAAUUAAAAAACAAAACUCACUGUGCGUAUAACUUCAAAUAAGACAAAAGUCUCAAAGUAAAAGCAAAGAAAAAAAAUUGCAUCAUUGCCUUUUUUCUUAACCUGUGCCACAGUGAUUAGUUUUCUAUACAUUACAUGUAAAUUAGACUUGCAAAAGCAUGUUUUACUGUUGUAAUUCCAGGUCUUAUGUGCACUUUUUGUAAAGGAUUUUUUUUUUUUAAUUCAAACCCAAGGAAAGCCAUUUACCAUGAUGCUGAGUUUUUUUUUUUUAGUGUUUGCCCUUAAACACCUCCUUGUAUACGUUAAUAUCCUAUUUUUUAUUUCACUAAAGGAUGUUGUUGCAAAAAUAUUGGUUCUUGGUUUUGUUGCUCAAUAUGUCUUUAGAUAAAUGCUUUCAAUAUAAAGGUUUUUUGCUGCAUUCUGUUGAGAAAAUUGACAGUUCUUGUAAAUAGAACCUACUGCAUGUUGCUCCAUAUUUAAUUAAAAGAUGACAUUUUUGCUUUUGUAUUAACUUCUAAAUGAAUGGCUCAGAAUAGAUUGUCAUUAGGAAAAUGGGGAAAAAGUAGUAGUCGCCACUUGAAUGAAAAUGAACCCCUUUCUUGCCAAAAGGUGCUACGUCAGCAGGAAAAGGGUUAAGUACAGGAAAAGCCUUACAUUCAUGACUAGGCAAGAAGUGGAUGUACUACAAAUGUAAACAUAAUCAGGUCUGCUUGAUCACAAGCACAAUUUGCCAUAAUAAAUGUUCACAGUUCAGGGUAUGGGUUUUUGUUUUUUUUAAUACAGGGCUCAAGGAGCUUUUUGACCCAGGUAUUAAAUUAACCCUUACUUACCUUAGUAACCAUUCGUUACCUCACCUCUAGUCGAGCAUAGGUAUUUUUAAAUUUUGUACGGCACUUUUUUUGUGUGAAUAUUUUAUGAUAGACUUUCAUACGAGCAGAGACUGUAUUCUAGCUUGUUUUUUUUCAUUUAACAUCUUAAUUGUAAUCACUACAGCAGUAUUGAGGUCUCUCUGGGUUGAUGGAGACCUUUUACUUGAGUAUUUUGUGCACAAAUUAUCUUUUUCUUAAGCUUCCAUUACUAGAAAAUCACCCCAUUACUUUGUUUGAACCUUUUCUACUUAUGACCUUUCUAAAUGACACUUUUUUCUGCCUUCCGUGUAUGUCCCAUGCUGCCAGUAUAAUAGCCCUGCAGCAGGCAAACCUUGACUCGCCAUAUGUCACAAGCAUAUUUUAUCUGUUCCACUGAUGAUGUAAUACUGACAGUUGUAGCCCUUCAACAUUUGGCGGUCUGACAGUUUUAUAUCCUUCUGUUUUAUGCCACUCUAUUAAUUGCUACUUGAAUUCUUUCUAUGUGACUUUUGUGCCCUGCAGAAAUAUUUAAAAGGAAUUUGCUUUGGGCCAUAGAGACUGGUUUUCUUAUUAGGGAAAAUGAGAACUAAAAUAGAAUGUGCACUUUUUUUUAAUAGAACUUUGUUUUACACAGCAUAAUAAAUAUACCCCUUAGUGCCUUUUAUUACGUAACUCUAAUAGAGAGUUUGAUGUAAAUAUUUAAGCAGCAUGGGGCACAUUCCUUUUUGGCAUUUUACUCGCAUAGAAUAUUGUUGUCAUUUAUAGGGAUGGGCGAAUUUGACCCGUUUCGUUUCACCAAAAAUUUGCCACUGGGGAAAUGUCAUUGACGCCCAUCAAAGUCUUUGGGCGUAAAAAAUUUUUUACGUACGGCAACAUUUUUUGACGUACAACGCCCCAUAAAAGUCUAUGGGCGUCAUUUCCACAGCAAAACAAGGCGAAAAGAUUCACCCAUCCCUAGACAUUUAACAAGGUAAAUAUAUUUUUAGGGACCAGCCAUGUAUGAGACAUAUCAAGCACAUUCCAUGCCUUAUAUAGCUGUGUAGUAAAACCGAUCUAUCCAAGCUGUCCAGGAAUUGACAGUUAAACCUUGAUUUUAUGUUUAGGCAAAAACAAAACAGGUAAAUGCAGUAACGGUGAGGGUAACAUCAGGGUUUGGAAGAGAGGAAAUCAGAGGACCGCACACCAGAUCGUUUCGAGGUUCAUAUCCUUUAUUCGUCAGCAUUAAAAAAAAAACACAUGUGGCAUUAUGGGCCUGACGCGUUGCCGACGUAUUAGCAAAAAUGAGAGACGAUUUAAUUUGUUCUUCGAAUGUUUUCUGUAGAAUUCACGUUUUACUGACUAUAUUAUUGGGCUAUUGCCAGAUCAAAAUCUUUCUUUUUUUGCCACACUUUGCACCUAUUUUUUUUUUAUUUUUACAUUUUAAAUUUGUUUUGCACAUUAAUUACUCUGAGGCUGAAAUUCACACGCAGGGAAAACGCACCGUGUGCCAUCAGUCUGGUUUAUGUACUAUAUUCAGUCCAUUGUCCUCUCUCUUACAGAAUAGUCGCAUUAACAAUGAGAGAUAUGUAUUCCAUGUGUGAGCUGGAGACUGGUGUGAUUUUUAAGCAAAUCAGUGACUAGGCAAUAACUGCAGAGAUCUAUAUAGGAGACUGACUGUUGAAUAAUGAGAAAUGAUAGUAAAGAUAUCGGUUGUGGAGGGCGAUGGCGCAGCUAUUGAGUUGUAAAAGAAAACCGUAAUAUUUAGCUAUUUUGGCAGCAGUUUUAACACUUAUACACACUUUAUAUGUUUUGAAGCAGGAAUUAUUCUCCAUUCACUCCAAGCCCCCCCCCAUCCAGUUAUUUUUUUUUUCUUUACAUUUUGCCAAAGGUAAGGGCUAGAAGUUCGUUAAAAAACAUUUUUAUGUAUUCUUUUUUAAUAACUCUAUUGUUUUGUUUAAAAAAAAAUAAUAUAUUUUGAAACUGAAAACAUACUGUUACACUGGAAAUAGGUGCUUCUUCCAGAAAAUAUAUGGCAGAUAACUAAUAAUUUUAAUAACUGAUUUAUAGUUUCACAAACCGCAUGAAAGCAAUGAGCAUCAGCCUUUCAAUACUAUGAAAUACACCUGCAAUUAGGCAUUUUAUUUAUUGUCCAAGGUGCAGUACACAGCCAUUUUUUUAAACUAACAUAUACCUUUAUAUAGGUAUUUUCAUAAAAAUGUUCUUUGUUUAUUAUGUACAAUUAUUCCUGUUUUGCUACAAUGGACCACUAAUAUAUCUGCAGUACUUAUGUUGUAUCCUUGAAAUAAAUGUAACAUAUUUGUACCA